GCGGCGGACGCAGCGCCCCGCGCCCCGGCGGCCCCGGCGCCGCGGGCCCCGCCGCUCCCCGGGCCUGCAGCCGCGAUGCUGGGGCUGCUCGUGGCGCCGCUGGUCCUGGCGCUCGCCUACUUCACGCUGCUGGACGGUUGGUACCUGGUGCGCGUGCCGUGCGCCGUGCUGCGCGCGCGCCUGCUGCAGCCGCGCGUCCGCGACCUGCUGGCCGAGCAGCGCUACGCGGGCCGCGUGCUGCCCUCGGACUUGGACCUGCUGCUGCACAUGAACAACGCGCGCUACUUGCGCGAGGCCGACGUGGCGCGCGCCGCGCACCUGACGCGCUGCGGGGUGCUGGGUGCGCUGCGCGCGCUCGGGGCCCGCGCGGUGCUGGCCGCCUCGUGCGCGCGCUAUCGCCGCUCGCUGCGCCUGUUCGAGCCCUUCGAGGUGCGCACCCGCCUGCUGGGCUGGGACGACCGAGCCUUUUACCUGGAGGCGCGCUUCAUCAGCCUGCGCGAUGGCUUCGUGUGCGCGCUCCUGCGCUCCCGCCAGCACGUGCUGGGCACCUCGCCGGAGCGCGUCGUGCAGCACCUGUGCAAACACAGGGUGGAGCCCCCCGAGCUGCCAGAGGACCUGCGGCACUGGAUCGCCUACAACGAGACCAGCAGCCAGCUGCUCAGGGCUGAGAGCGGGCUCAGCGAUGUGGUCAAGGACCAGUGACCACGCACCCUGCCCGUCAGCCUCUACGCGGGGGCGCUUGCCGGCCCGUCCCUGCCCGCCCGGGCCAGAAGGUGCAGGAUGGGCCGGCCGGGCCCGUGUCUCCCAGCCGGAGGGGUCCACAACCAGCCCGGUCGACCCAGCCCCCUUCUCCUGCUCAGGCCUCCCCCUCCGCCCGUUACUGAUCCCCACUCCCCCUCACCAUGCUGGGCACAGGAUGGGGGUGACUCAGAUGCCCUGACCCAGCUCUGCUCUCAGGGUAGAGAUGAUGGGAAAAGUGGGAGGCCCAGGACGCUCGGCUUGUGGGCUGGGGGGGGGGGGUCGGCCCCGCCCUGCGGAUGAAGCCAAGCUGGGCCAGCGGGACCACCCUGAGCACUGGAGCCUGGAGUCUGAGCGAGCUGCUGGGGGCUGGGGCAGCAGGGGUGAGGCCUGAUUCUCGGGGAGAGGGGUUGUGAAGGGUCAGAAUGGCAUUGCAGGGCAGAGUCUCUCAGCUGUGGGUGAUGGGGGUGGGGAGGCUGGCCCAGGGCAAAGUCUAGGCAGUUGGUGGCCAGGUGCACUGAGCAGAGGGCAGCAGAGCUCCCCUGGGGUGGGAUUGGCCUGCAGCAGGGACUUGGGGCCAGAGGGCGUGCUGGGCCCCGGUGGGUCAGAUGGCAUAGGGCCUCCUGUAUAGUGGUGAGCUCCCCGUCACUGAGGGUGUCCUAAUUGGGGCUUGCUGUUGAGGAGGGAAGAGAGCAGGAGUGGGACUCCCCCUGGGCGCCCUCUGCCCUUGCUUGUCCACACUCCUCGGUGCUCAUAGGGCUGUGCUGUGUGACCGUGGACAGGCCCCUG